GUGGAGGCAGCUAGCGCGAGGUUGGGGAGCGCUGAGCCGCGCGUCGUGCCCUGCGCUGCCCAGACUAGCGAACAAUACAGUCAGGAUGGCUAAAGGUGAUCCCAAGAAACCAAAGGGCAAGAUGUCUGCUUAUGCCUUCUUUGUGCAGACAUGCAGAGAGGAACACAAGAAGAAAAACCCAGAAGUCCCUGUCAAUUUUGCAAAAUUUUCCAAGAAGUGCUCUGAGAGGUGGAAGACUAUGUCUGGGAAGGAGAAAUCUAAAUUCGAUGAAAUGGCAAAGGCAGACAAAGUGCGCUACGACCGGGAGAUGAAGGAUUAUGGACCAGCUAAGGGAGGCAAGAAGAAGAAGGACCCUAAUGCCCCCAAAAGGCCACCGUCUGGAUUCUUCCUGUUCUGUUCAGAAUUCCGCCCCAAGAUCAAAUCUACAAACCCUGGUAUCUCCAAUGGAGAUGUGGCAAAGAAGCUGGGCGAGAUGUGGAAUAACUUAAGUGACGGUGAGAAGCAACCUUACAACAAUAAGGCAGAGAAGCUGAAGGAGAAGUACGAGAAGGAUGUCGCCGACUAUAAGUCUAAAGGAAAGUUUGAUGGCGCGAAGGGUCCCGCCAAAGUUGACCGGAAAAAGGUGGAAGAGGAAGAUGAAGAAGAUAAGGAGGAGGAAGAGGAGGAGGAGGAGGAGGAGGAGGAUGAAUAAAAGAAACUGUUGAUCUGUCUCCUUGUGAAUACCUUAGAGUAGGGAGCGCC